AACGCUAGGGGGCGUUCCCCAACCAUGACAGAUAAUUGAAGGGCGGUACGGGCGGGCCUGAGGGCGGGCUCUGCCGCCUUCUGCACCAAUCAGGGCGCCGGAGCUCCUUCGCGAGAAGAGGCUGAUUGGCCGUGACGACAGGCAGGCGGGGCCCAGAGCGCACCACGCUCCUCCGGCAGAGCCUGCAAGCGGCCGGCAGGGGGCGCGCGCCUGGCCAAAGGCGAAGCUUCAUGGAGGAGGCGGAGGUGCAAGAGGACGCCGCGGUGGCCCGGGACCUGCUGGCAUUGGGGUACGUGGGUUUCCCGGGGGCGGCGUCGUGGGGCACGUCCUGCCCAGACUUCAGGACGCUGUGCGCGCGGCUGGGCUUUCUCUGCUCUGAACUCCAGGCUGCCCGCCUCCUGCACUUACAGUCCCUGAAGGACGCCAGCCCUGUACUGCUCAGGGGGGAAGGACCAGAGGAACGAUCUGGCAUGGUCCACGAACUGGUCCUUACCCUCCAAGCCCUGGGGCUGCCCAGACCCACACCUGGGACUCCGGCCAGCCUGCUGCUACGGGAGUUGCAUGCUAGGAUCUCAGAGCUGCUGCCUUCCCUGCCUCCAGGGUCCAUGCAGCCCCUCCUCAGCCACCCGCUGGAUGCACCCAGAUGGGAAGCACUGGAGUCGCUGUCCCACAGCCUGAGAGAUCAGUACUGCUGCCGCCGCUGCCUCCUCCUCAAGCGCCUGGACCUCACAACGUCUGCCUUCCACUGGAGCAAUCGGGCAGAGGUGUGGGCCCAAGGAAAGGCCAUGAAAGCAGCGCUGAUCCCAAUUCGAGAGGUUCUGACCCCGGAAUCAGAUGUCUCCAUUGCGCAUGUCCUGGCUGCCAGAGCCGACCUGUCUCGUCUCGUCCCAGCUACCAGCAUGGCUGCCCGUCAAGGGACCUGCUGUGCCAUCAACAAGGUUCUUAUGGGCAACGUGCCAGACCGGGGCGGCCGCCCCGGUGAGCUGGAGGCUCCCAUGCCCACGUGGCGGAGCCGAAGAGAAGAUGGAGGUGGACGGAAGGCAGGCCGCCAGAACUGGGGCCGCAAGAAGAAGAAGAAGUAAAGGACUGGUGCGGGAGGGGACUCUCCACGAGGUGCUGACACCCAUCUCUGGGAGUCAGCUUAAGGGUUUCCCUGACACCCGGCACCCAUUCCCCCUCACCCUGUUCCUGAGGCCCCAGGUGUCCUGCCUGUCAUCACCACUCAACAUCGAAAACUGUGUUUUCUGGAAAAUAAAUUUAAUUUAUGACA